GCUGGGUGGGGUGCGGGGGGCUCUGCCCUCGCCCUUGCGAAACCCCCUCGCGACCAAUGUGGGAGCCCUCGGGGCGGGCUGGGGGCGGUUUUGGGGGCUCAUGGGCACAGCCCCCCCCCGGGAACGCUUUGAAAUCCCAGCCGGCGGGCCCCCCGCCCCGAGGGGGCGGGCAGCAGGCAGCCCCGGGGGUAUAAAGGCGGCGGAGGAGCGCAGGAGCCGCUGCUCGCGGCUCGGUGCUGCUGCUCGGGGACUCUGCGGGCACGGGAGGGCACGGGAGGCACCAGGAUGCGGGGGCUGGUGGCGCUGCUGGCGGCGCUGAGCUGCGCGGCCCCGGCGGGGCGGGCGGCGGCUCCCGGGGGUGCCCUCAGCUCCAACGCCAUCAAGGGACCCCCCCCGGGCGGGGCGGCCGAGGCCAGCGCCGCCCCCGCACCCCCCUUCGACGGCAGCAAUAAGGCACCACCGGCCGCCACCCGACAGCCUUUCCCGUGCGCCGAGGACGAGGACUGCGGCCCCGAGGAGUUCUGCGGGGGGGCGGCCCGCGGCGGGGGGGCCCCGCUGUGCCUCAGCUGCCGGCGGCGCCGCAAGCGCUGCCUGCGCGAUGCCAUGUGCUGCCCCGGCAUGACCUGCAGCAACGGUCUCUGCACGCCCCUGGAGCCGCCGCACGGAGCGGCCGAGCCGGACGAGACGGGCACCGAGACGCUGCUCCGACGGACGCCCGCUCCCGCCUGGCUCCCCACUGCCAAAGGCGAGGAGGGCGACUUCUGCCUGCGCUCGUCGGACUGCGCGGCCGGGCUGUGCUGCGCCCGCCACUUCUGGUCCAAGAUCUGCAAGCCGGUGCUGCGGGAGGGCCAGGUGUGCACCCGGCACCGGCGGAAAGGCUCGCACGGCCUGGAGAUCUUCCAGCGCUGCCAGUGCGCCGAGGGGCUGGCGUGCCGCCUGCAGCGGGAGCACGGCCCCGCCGACGCGUCCCGCCUGCACACGUGCCAGCGGCACUGAGCGACGCACGGACGCGGACGGGACACACGGACACGACGCACGGACACGGACGGGACACACGGACGCGUCCCGCCCGCCCGCGCGCCAGCGGCACUGAGCGACGCACGGACACGGACGGGACAGACGGACGCGGCAGACUCCGGCCCCGCCGGAGCGAAGGUUGUUUCUCAAGGGAACUUCUCCUCAGCGACUUGUUGCAGUACGUUACUGUGUUGUGAAUACUCGAGCUGGCACUUAGCUGUACAUAACGCCGGGACUUCGAAUUACACUGACUUUUAACGACUUUUUAAAUGACUUUUAACGAGUUAUUCUGUGUUUCUCCGAGGGCGCUGCCCGGCGCUCUCCGAGCCGCGACUGUGACUUUGUACACACUGGGUUUUUCCUUCUGCCUCGAAGGGAUGCCGCCGACUGCGUGCGAGCGAAUAAACUCCUGAAAAAUUCACCCUGCGCCGCCUCCAGGUGCCUGCCCGGGGGAGGAGAGACGGGGGCGGGGGGGUUGUUCAUCCCCAGCAUCCCAUGGGAAUGGGAUGGGGCGGCACUGCUCGUCCAGCCGCUUUUUAGGAAUUCCCUGCUCGCCACCGAUGCCCUCUGGCCGCCAAACCGAGGAGAGGGAGCGCGGCUGGGGCUCUGGGAAGGGCGCCUGGCAGCAGAAUCCCUCUCCCUGGUUUUGGGAAGGGAG